GCUACUCUGAAACUGCGCAAUUUCAUUCGACCGAAGAAAUCAAAAUACCCUGUAUUGUACAUUGGCAAAUACAGAUUUAUUACUGAAAAUUGAACAAACUCCCAUCCUAGAAAGAAAAUUACACUACUUAAGACAGUACUAAUUAAUAUUCUGAUCAGUUAACUAAACUUUGAUAAUGGCAAUGCAGGUAGAACAGCAACAGGAAGAAAUACAAGAGGAUUUUGGUCCAUUAUCUAUUGGAAGAUUGGAGGCCAAUGGUAUCAGCAGUAAUGAUGUAAAAAAAUUAGAAGAUCAUGGUUACCACACAGUAGAAGCAGUUGCAUACGCCACAAAAAAAGAACUUUGUAAUGUGAAGGGAAUAAGUGAAGCCAAAGCAGAAAAAAUAAAGAAUGAAGCAAUGAAAUUAGUACCCAUGGGUUUCACAACAGCAACACAGUUCCACCAGCAAAGGUCUGAAAUCAUUCAAGUUACAACAGGAUCAAAGGAAUUAGAUAAAUUAUUACAAGGUGGAAUUGAAACCGGCUCAAUAACUGAAAUCUUUGGUGAAUUUAGGACAGGAAAAACUCAGCUCUGUCACACAAUGGCUGUCACAUGUCAGUUACCAAUUGAUAAUGGUGGUGGAGAGGGUAAAUGCCUGUAUAUUGAUACUGAGGGUACAUUUAGGCCAGAGAGGUUAAUAGCAGUAGCAGAGAGGUAUAAUCUAAAUGGUAGUGAUGUCUUGGACAACGUGGCCUAUGCUAGAGCAUAUAACAGUGAUCAUCAGACACAAUUAUUGAUGCAGGCCGCAGCCAUGAUGUCAGAGUCUAGGUAUGCACUUUUGAUAGUGGACAGCGCCACCGCUCUGUACAGGACUGACUACAGUGGACGUGGUGAGUUGGCAGCCAGACAGAUGCACUUAGCACGUUUCCUUAGGACACUUCUAAGAUUAGCUGACGAGUAUGGUGUUGCCGUAGUGAUAACAAAUCAAGUGGUAGCCCAGGUGGAUGGUGCAGCCAUGUUUACAGCUGACCCUAAGAAACCAAUUGGUGGCAACAUCAUGGCUCAUGCCUCGACUACAAGAUUGUAUCUAAGGAAAGGUCGUGGCGAAACAAGGAUCUGUAAAAUCUACGACUCGCCUUGCUUACCGGAAUCAGAGGCGAUGUUUGCAAUCUUGAAAGAUGGAGUUGGAGAUCCUAAAGAUUGAACAAUUUCAAACCAUGCCAAUAGACAUUAGCUGUAUGUUCUUUGUGUACAAUUGCUGGAUGUAUGAAAUGUUAACCUAGGAAAGCACUUCAGAAAAAGUAUACACUAGAAAGCCUGUCUAGUCUAUCAAAUUUUAUUUUACUAAAAUAUGUGCAUGCCUAAAUAUAUAGGCACAUCAUGACCAUAUAUGGGCACAUUAUGACCAUAUAUAGGCACAUCCUGACUAUGGGCACAUCUUGACUAUAUAUGGGCAUACAACAGUUUUUUGUCAAAGAAAAUUUGAUAGUGUGGGCAGAGCCUAAGUCUGAUCUGAUGUCUUUUCAGUCAAAAUAUUUAUUAAUUAAAUUUAAUUAAUUGGGCAAAAAUUACAUCAAGGAUGAUGAAAAGUAGUAUUAAAGAUGCAUUCACACUGAAUCAGAAUUUUCAGACCAGGAAGCUGUUGCAUGCCCAUAUAUAAUCAUGAUGUGCCUAUAUAUGAUCAUGAUAUGAUGGCAUCAUGACCAUAUUUACACAUGUUGUUGUCAUAAAAUUUGAUAGUCUGGACAGGGCUGAACUCAAACAUUGAGCAAGAUUUCUACCCUCUGGAGGUUUUUCAUAAAUAUACUGUAGUUCACUAAACAAGGUAGAAAAAAUCGCCUACUCCGUUGAUUUUUCAAAAAAAUAUUCUCGCCAAGUAAUAGCCUUAAAUUUUAAUACUGUUCCAAAUAUAUUUUUUGCGUUAAUCUUUAAUUGGUUGGUACUGUAGGAUUUUUUUAGUACUGUAUAAAAUGGUCAGAAGUCGCUUAUUAUUUAUUAGUAUUUACUUUCUUUGGGACUGCGCCAUCAACGAGUGAUUUAAAUCGAGGGCAAUGGCCAAUUUGAACAAGAACAUAUAGGUCAAAUUUAUUUUGGAUUCAACACAUGCUAAGUGCAUUAAUGAAUUAUCUUUCAUAUAAUUUUCUGAAUAUGCAAUUUUGGUCUGGAACCAUGGAUAUGUAAACAAUGGGUCUAAAUAGGUAUGCAUCUAUCAUUAAUUUAAUUUAUCCUCUUUUGAAUGAGCUGUUCAAUGUAAUACUGUAAUUUAUCUUUUUAGGGAUUUCUUGUGUCAACUUUCUUGAGCAUAAAAAAUAUAUAUAUAAUUUGAUGCACUGUUUGUAAUACAGUAUUCUAAUAAAUAUGUAAUUACAGUACAAAUAUA